UGCGGUGUACGCGUAGCAAAGCGUAUAUAAUAAUGCUAAGAAGUUGAAGUGAACCGCGUUCAUGGCGACGACGCGGGAGAUGAGAGAGGUCGCUCCUUCCUCUUAAUUUCUCAAUCAAAUCCCAAGCACUUUAUAUGAAAUCUCUCUCUCUCUCCCUCGCCCAACCCCUUCCGACCGAUUUCAAAUUCUUCGCUUCUUUUGGUCUCCCAUCGCUCUCGAUCGCGUCGUCGUGGAUUCGAUAGGAUCGGUUUCUUCGUGGUGGCGAUCGAUUUUUUUUUUGCUGUAAAUCGCUUAAUUUUUUGGAUUAUUUUUCGUUUUUAGAGGUGAGUAGUAGAGGAUCGCGACCAUGUUUUCUAGGCUUUUUGGAAAGCCUAAAGGUGUGGAAGAUCCAGUGAGCACCAUCGAGAAGUUAACUGAGACACUCCGAUUGUUAGAGAAAAAGGAAGGAGUUCUACAAAAGAAGGCUGCUGCUGAAGUUGAAAAGGCCAAGCAAUUCACCAAAGUGAAGAACAAAAAAGCUGCAAUACAAUGUUUGAAGAAGAAACGACUCUACGAGCAACAAGUCGAACAGCUUGGUAAUUUUCAAUUAAGGAUUCAUGAUCAGAUGAUCAUGCUGGAGAGUGCAAAAGCAACAACAGAAACUGUUCAGGCACUGAGAACUGGAGCACAAGUCAUGAAGGCUAUGCAGAAAGCGACUAACAUUGACAGUGUCGACAAGACUAUGGAUGAAAUAAAUGAGCAGACCGAAACCAUGAAACAGAUACAGGAAGCUCUAUCUGCUCCUAUCGGAAUAGCAGCCGAUUUUGAUGAGGAUGAAUUGGAAGCGGAACUUGAAGAAUUGGAGAGUUUGGAGUUAGAGGAUCAGCUUCUCCAGCCAACGACUGUUCCUGCUCAACCAGCGAAGCAGGUUUCGGUGGUUGGAAAAUCGACUCUUCGACCUUCGAAGGAACAUAAUGCCGACGAAGAUGAACUCGCCAAAUUACAAGCUGAAAUGGCCAUGUGAAAGUUCCGGUAUCUUGCUUCUCCCUUAUCACGCCAUGUGUACGAGACCUGUGUCUGAGAAUCAAUCAACAUUUGGCAUGCAGAUGUGAAAUCUCCAAUCUUUGUGACCAUCUAAUGACAUUUUUCUUUAAAAUCCUUUUGCAGGUCUAGUAAUCAAAGUAGGCAGUACAGUGUAAAAAUUAUCGGACGCAGUUCAUGAUGGUGUUCUAUCCUCUUCUCCUAGCAUGUAUAGUUUUAGAGUAAGUAGCGCUGGGGGUGAGGAGAAAUUAUCCUCUCCUCUGGCUUCGUAUCUUGGUUUUAAUGUUUCUAUGAGUUUGUCAAGGAAACGUUCUUCUGGGUGUUCAUAAUAGGAACUAAGGUUUGAUUUUCUAAGGGUUGUAUUUUGGGGCGUUUUUGUUUUUUUCCCGACAGCGUUUGUGCUUCGAUGAUGUGCUAAAAAACAGUUAUCGUGGGCACAAAAUCCCUGGGUUUUCAUUUUGAAGGAAUCAAAGUAAAAAAGCCUUUUGAGUUUUUGUGUGUGACA